UUGACUAGGCCGCAAAAUAUUUAGGGAAUGAGAACAGCCUACUAGAAACAAAAAGUUUCCGAUGGACAGCCUACUUCUGAACACAGACCCAAUCCCGUUCCCGCAGCUAAUGCCGAUGCUGGUAAAAGCCAUGGACGACCUUCCUCGCCCUUUACUUCUCGAGAUCUUGAGUCGACUCGGCGACCAGGCCGACCUGGCUCGCUGCCGAGUCGCCUCCAAAACUCUCAACGCCAUCUCCCGCGACCUCGAAUCCCUCAGCUUCAUCUGCACCUACGACCGGUACACCAAGUCCCUCUCGCCUCCAGCCUGUUCAUCGAUCACGCCGUUCAAGCAGAUCUUCCUGAAGCUCGUUUCGGAUUUACGGAUCGUCAAAUCUGUAUUGAUCGGCAUCGAUAUCUCACCGCUCUCAACCGCCUCGCUUGAAGAUGUUGGAGACAAGGACGAUUUGUACCUGACGGAUGUGAAUUUCGUGGAGAAGUGGCUGCCGAGGUUGAGUGAGUGCCUGAAAUCUGUUUCCAUUUCGGAUUUCUGGCUUCAGUCCAGCAGGCGGAGAUCCUCAGUGCUCGACCUCAUCUCUUCUCUCUAUCAAAAUUCAAGAGCAAAGUCAAUGGAGUCAAUAGCUUCCCAUGAUUCACAAUGUGAAAAACAAAAUGAAGCCCAAAAUGCAUCAAUUACUGAAGAAAGUAGGGUAAAGUCCUCAUCUUCUAGACCUAAGAGGAAGGAAAGGAGCGCACCUUCAACAAGAUCUGAGGUUUGGGCGCAUUUUACUAGAUUUACCAUUACUAAAGAUGAUGUUUUACUCCAUAAAGCUAGAUGUGAUCAUUGUGGUAGAGAAUUUGCUGCAAAUACUAAAAGUAAUGGUACAAGCUCUUUGAAACCAUUUAAAAAAUUGUGUGAGCUUUCCUCGUGAGAAAGGGGAUGAUGAUCAAACUGAGUUAAUAUGCGGAACAGUUGAUGGGGAGGGAAAUGUGCCAAUAACUUUUGGGAAGUAUAGCGCAGACGCACUUAGGAAGGGUAUAGCAGAAAUGAUUAUCAUCGAUGAACUUCCAUUUAAAUUUGUUGAGGGAAAGGGUUUUAGAAAGUGCAUAUCCAUUGCUGCUCCAAGAUUUAAAAUGCCUUCCCGAUGGACAGUUGCUAGAGAUUGUUAUGGAAUUUACUUAGAAGAACAAACUAAAAUAAAGAAGUUGUUUCAAG